GGCGGGGCGCCGCCGACCCUUGCGCAGGCGCAGGCCCGCGUGAGCGCGCUUCAGUAACAUACAGCAUUCUGGUGAACAGAGCAAAACAACUCUCCCCACUUACUCAACUGCCUCUUUGUUAUAUGAUGACCCGCUCUAUGGAACCGGUGGCAAAGAAGAUCUUUAAAGGAGUUUUAGUAGCUGAACUUAUUGGCAUCUUUGGAGCAUAUUUUUUGUUUAAUAAGAUGAACAAAAGCCAAGAUUUCAGGCAAACAAUGAGCAAGAAAUUUCCUUUCAUCUUGGAAGUUUAUUACAGAUCCCUUGAACAGUCUGGAAUGUAUGGAAUCAGAGAGCAAGAUCAAGAAAAAUGGUUUAAGAGCAAAAAUUAGGAGUUAACAAGAGUUUCUACAAACUGGAGUGUGUGAACGGCAUCAUCCUGAAUAAGAAGAAUCAUGGCUGCCAUCCUGUCACCCAGGGUCCCCGAUGACACAAUUGCCUUCAUCCAGGUAGAAGAGGCUCCUUUUUGAUUAUUUGUCUUACUUUUGAAUAAGUUGAUUUCAUGCUCAUACAGCUUCUGAGCCAGGAUUUUGUACUUAGACACAACAUCUCGAGGCUGAGGUUCCAAAGAAUAUUCAUUACUAUACUCCAAGUCAUACCAUUUGCCUCCAGGCUUGAGUAACAAUGUCUGUCUCUCAGAAAAUUCAAAGACAUCCUGUUGUUUAUCUUUCUUUGCUUUUGGUAUGGUACUGUUGUUCUCAGUGGAAUGUUGUUCUGGCCUAUUCUUAUUUUUCACUUUACUGAUUGAUGUCCUUUCACUUUCUGCUGUAUUUUGCUUUUUAUUAUCUACUUUAGAUACUUUUUCUUUUUUUUUGCUGGCAUUUUCUU